AUGCCUUCACCAAAUUGCCCUGAAUUAAUUGCUCAUUGGUUUCAUGCCAUUGAUAUACCCUUGAGAGAUCCAAACAAAGACAAAAAUAUUCAAACCGGCACGUCAUCAUCAUCGAUUACUACUACAUCCUCCUCCUCCUCUUCGACCAACACUCUUCCUAAUUUAUCAUUAUCAAAUUCUAACAAACCUUAUACUUCUAAACAACCAACUAGUUGGAAAGCUUUUUCCAAACGUGAUUCUAACGCUCUAGAAGCUGCUUUCAAAGCUGGAACUUCUGGAAAGAAGGUUCCAUGUAAUGAAGAUUAUCUAUUCGAAGUAGAUAUUGACAAUCGCGAGAUUAGCCCUGUAUUUUGGCCAGGUGCAACUUAUGAAGUUGUACGUGCAACUUGGUUUUAUCUAAGCGACGGAAAAAUUCUUCCCUGUGAUGAAAAUUUGGCUGCUCAAAUCGAAGAUGGAUACAAGAAACAUCAAACGUGGAUUCCACGACCUGAAAUUGAUCCAACAGAACAAACUAAUAAUGGGUCCGAACAAGUUCAAGAAAAAAGUUGGCCAUUACUUGGAAAAUAUCUUUCUCAAUAUGUUGUCUAUACAAAUCCAACUACUGCAUGGUUAUUAAACGAUGAUAUGACUGGAAAAUUAACAAAAACUUUUUUUGCCAAACUCACUAAUGGAGUUCAUUUGGGAGGAACUCGUCUCAUCCGAGGUUAUAAUGAAGUUAGAAAAUUAUUAUCAAAAAAACCACCUGAUGAUGAUGAGAAGAAAUUUAAAGCUGAAUUGGACAAUCUUUCUUCUACAAGCAGUGUUCCGAGAGAAGUUAAACAGGAAAUUGUUGAAAGUGAAGAUUAUAAUAAUGACGAAGAUGAUGAGAGAGUUAUUGAUCAUCUAAUUUUGGUAAUUCAUGGGAUCGGUCAAAAGCUUAGCGAGAAAAUGGAAUCUAUUAACUUUGUACAUGACGUCAACACUUUAAGGAAGACUAUUAAAUCCACAUACUCUACAUCUGAAAUCUUACAGAAGAACUUCUCAAAAAGUAAAUCAGAAUUUAAUUCAGAUCGCCGCAAUUCUAGUAAUUCGGAGAAAAGCAUAAAUAAAUUCGGAAAUGGUGUACAAGUCUUGCCUAUUCAAUGGAGACAAGAAAUAAAGUUUGGAAUGGCGUCUGAAGACGAGAACGUUCAAAGAGAUUUAGGCAUGCCUAAUGCUGAAGAAAGUCAAAUUCAAACUACUUUGGACGAAAUUACUUUGGAGGGUGUACCAACAUUAAGAAUGUUAAUUUCAGACGUUUUAAUGGAUGUUUUAUUAUACAUGACACCCAAAUAUAGAGAACUGAUGAUUAAUACAGUAACAAAAGAAGCAAACAGAGUUUAUAAUUUAUUUAUUGAAAGGAAUCCUAAAUUUGUUGAAAAUGGAGGGAAGAUUUCAAUAUAUGGACAUUCACUAGGUUCUGUAUUGGCAUUUGAUGUAUUAUGUCAUCAACCUCCGCUUUUUCCUUCAACUCCAUCUGGCAUUUUUGAGGGAAGGGGUUCAACUGAAUUAGAUAAUAUUCAUCAACAUAUUGCAAAAUUGGAUUUUGAAGUUACAAAUUUUUUUGCAGCUGGGUCACCAAUAGGAUUAUUUUUGUUAUUGAAAGGUCUUAAUAUAGCUUCAAGAAAAGAUCGUUCUAAUGAUAAUUUAAAACAAACAUUAGCAGGGGCAGUUCUUGAAAUGGGAAUUGGUACGAAUUUACCUUUAGGCCAAUCAUCAUCUAUUCCAUUAUGUUAUCCGGCUGUUAAAAAUUUAUACAACAUUUUUCAUAAUGCAGAUCCGAUUGCUUAUAGAUUAGAGCCACUUAUCUCUAGAGGUUAUGGUAGAGAUUUAAAACCUGCUCUUAUUCCAUACCAUAAAGGGGGAUUAAAAGGAAUGCAUAUUGGUAUUCAAGAACUCGGAAAUGAAAUUGCAAACAAAGCCACCAAUAUUCUUUCAUCAGUUAAAUCGACUUUUUUUACAAAAGGAUUUCAAUCAAUGUUACCACAAAAUAGUAGUAGCAGUAUUAAUGUAACGCAUAAAAAAUCUGUUUCAAUAAUUGGAGAUGAAGGUGGAUCAGCUUUAACAAAUUAUCCUCCAACAAAUUAUUCUUCAAAUGAUGAAUCAAAAAAAUCAGAGGAAGAUGAUCCUCACGGAGCUUCUAAAAUUAAAAGUUUAAAUUCAUCUGGAAGAAUUGAUUGGGUUUUACAGGAAGGAUUAUUGGAUGUCAGUUAUAUUAAUGCUAUUACAGUUCAUUUGAGUUAUUGGUCUGAUUGUGAUGCUGUAAACUUUAUUAUGAAUGAAAUUUAUAGAGAUAAAUAUGAGGAAUCAUGUUAA